ACACCAGGUCCCCAAAGCACUGAAGUGAGGGCAGCAGGAAAGAAAUCAUUGGGCCAUGGACUAUCCUGAGUUGGAAGAAACCCCCAGGGAUCAUCAGUCCCACUCCUGGCCCCGCACAGACACUCCAACAAUCCCAGCCUGUGCCUCAGAGCACUGGCUAAACACUCCUGGAGUUCUGCAGCCUCUGGGCCGUGACUGUUCCCUGGGGAGCCUGUUCAGUGCCCAACCACCCUCGGGGGGAAGAACCUUUCCCUAAUAUCCAACCAAAAUACUCAAGGCCCAGCUGAGCCACACAGGCACUAGUGAUCCCUUUGCUGGAUCCUGCUCCAUCCAAGUGCAGUGCCAAGGUGAGCAUCUGGAGGGGUCAGCACCCAGCAGCACCAUGACAAAGUGACAGACACUCUGCCCAUAAUCCAGAGCAGAAGCCUCCAAGAGUGAUCUCCUGCCCUAAGCAUCCCUUGGGCGGCUGUGAUACCUGGUGCUCCCAUCACCUGUCCCCUCCUGCCAUCUCAGCAGCCUGUGGGCAUCCUCCAAUCAUGUUGCUUUGUGCUGGGCCAGGCUGGGCACCCAGUAGUGCUGCACUCUUCCUGACCAAGCUGUUUCCAGUAAAGCCAGAAUCAAGCAUGGAAAGAGGAACAAGUUUCUUUCUCUUAGCGAGAAAGUGAAACUCAACACAUCCCUUCUCCAACCAGGCAAACUGCAGUGCAUGCAAAUUCAUCCUUCCCACCCCACUCCUCUUCCUCCCUACUCCCAGAGAAGAGCUUUUAGCAAACGGAGCUGCUCACACUGCCCUGUCUUCAGCCUCUGCACCAAGGAUGCAACCUGGAAUCCUGCUGGCAGCCAGCACCCUGGCAGCAGUGUUGGGCAUGGCCCUGCUGGAGGAUGGAGUGUGUAGGGCACCGGAUGGCAAGAACGGCUCCCCUGGAGUCCCUGGCCGUGAUGGGAGGCCAGGGCAGAAAGGUGACGUGGGAGAGCCAGGGAGACCAGCGCUGAGCCCGAGCAUCAAGGGAUCCAAAGGGGAUGCAGGCGAACCAGGGCCUCCUGGCAAACCAGGCAUGCGUGGCCUACCUGGCAUUCCUGGCCUCGGGGGGAUGCCAGGGGUGCCAGGUCCACCAGGGCAGAAAGGGCAAGCUGGCGAUGUUUUGGAGCACCCACAUCCUGCCUUCUCCGCCUCCAGGCUGUCCCCGCCACGUGCAGGCACCACGGUGGUGUUUGACAGGAUCAUCACCAACCAGGAGAACUGCUACAGCCCCCAGACCGGGAAGUUCACCUGCCACAUUCCUGGCCUCUACUACUUCACCUUCCAGGUGGUGUCCAGCGGAGACCUGUGUCUGAGCAUCACCAAGAAUGGGCUGGGCGUGGUCAGCUUUUGUGACAACAACAGCCAUGGCAUCCUGCAGGUGAACUCGGGCAGCAGCGUGCUCAGCCUGGCCACGGGUGACCAGGUGUCCCUGACCACCAACCCCACCCGGAGCGGCUCCAUUUACAGCGGCUCCGAGGCCGACAGCGUCUUCAGUGGGUUCCUGGUGUCCCCAGAGACGGCCUGAGGGACUCCCACAGCGUCAAGGGGUGUCUGCCUGCCUGGCUGCUCCCCUCUGGGUGUGUGGGAUGCUUUAGUGCCACAGCGCGUGGGGAUCGUUCCAAAUUGAGCAGCCAGAAGUGUUCUGUGCUUGCACCAGUGUCACAGCUGGCCAAGCUGUGGGUCGCCACUGCAGCACUCACCUCCAUGCUGAGCCUGCCUGCACUGUCCUGGAGGCUGUGGACUCUCAUCCCUUUCUCCUCCUGGGCACUCAAGCUCCACUCCCAGUUGUCACCAGCUGUGGCUCUUUGCUCCUGAGUGGGAAAUCACUGCCUGCCACUGCUUCUGCUCCACUAACACUGCAAAAGCCUUCCUGGCACUGGCACACAUCCUGUCACAACCUCCCCAUAAGUAUAAAUAAAUACUUCUACCACUA